GGGAGUCUAAGUUACCCCAGUUUACGGUAUGCAACUUGUGUGACCAUGUGAUGUGAUGUAUGUGGGCAAUUUCAUUUGUACCCUUGCCUAAUUAACAUCUAUCAUGGAAAUAGGGAAAAUUUUAAUGUUUUCAUUCAAAAUGACUGACUUUAUUUACUUAUAACUACAUUUAUAACAUGUUUUGUGAUUGUUACAGAGACAGACAAGGCUUUACAAAAAUGACUUCAGUGUUAUCCCAAUCACAGUCAAGUGAUUAUGGGCCAGACUGUGGUGGAAGGUUGAAGGGUGUGAGCAUUAUGAAACCCAUUGUGUAUGGAAACAUUGCUCGUUAUUUUGGUAAGAAGCGAGAAGAAGAUGGACACACACAUGAGUGGACUGUGUACCUGAAGCCUUACCUCAAUGAAGAUAUGUCUACUUAUGUCAAAAAAGUACAAUUCAAACUACAUGACAGCUACGCAAAUCAAACUAGGGUAGUGACUCGUCCUCCAUAUGAAGUAACAGAAACUGGCUGGGGAGAGUUUGAAAUUGUCAUCAAAAUUCAUUUCCAAGAUCCAAAUGAGCGACCAGUGACUAUAUACCACAUACUCAAGUUAUUCCAAUCAAGCCCGGGCACUUGCUCCACCAUCACUUCCAUAUUGCCUGCCACUGCUCCACUCUCAUCCACUCCUCCAUCUCCUGCUCUAUCCUCUCCCGCCGCCCCUUCCACCGCCUCAGACGGGAGCGUCGUCCCCAGCAGGAAAAUCCUGGUGGCAGAGUCGUAUGAAGAGCUCGUCUUCCAGGAGCCAUCGGCGCUGAUGCAGCAGCUGCUGCAGAACUGUUCACAGCUGUCGCUCUCCGAUCACCGCCACUACACUGAUUUCGAAUCUAAGAAGAGGAAGACUUUGGAAAACAUCGCCAUUGGUAAAGAGAAAGUUAGUCAAGAACUCACGGAUCUACGAGCCAAAAUACAACUAGCAAAAGAGACGCUCGCUGACUUCAAGGAAAAGUUUGCAAAGGCCCAGUCUGAAAUUGCCUCUGACGCGUGAUGUUACUGGGACAGGGUAAUUAUAUACUUGAUCGACGCUCAAUAUAUUGUAACCGUUCUAGCACCGCCUGAAUGACUCACCACUGCGUGCAGUAAUUUAAUACAUUUUGAGACCAC